AGAAUGAACAUAUGUGUUGGUUGGUGUACUAUAAAACACCGGUUGGUUGAAGCAGCCUCGGUCUUGGUCUUGACUCUUGUCCGAAAAGGAAAGAGAGAAGAUUCAAACCGAGUACGCGUUGGUUUAUGAUUGCAUCAUGAUCAUGCUCAUGACGUGGACAUUCCUCUGAUAAAACCAACACAACCACACAACACAACCCCAUCUUCACGCUUUCUCAACGGAGUAUUCUGCACAACUUUUAUAGACUCAUCUUUGUUUUUUUCUUCUUUACUCGUUUUACCCACCUUCUGAGGUUUGUUCCAUUCAUUUUUUUUUCUGGCUUGUUUUUGAGUGCCCUUUUAUCAUGGAUUUGUAGUAUUUUCUUUUUUCUCCUUUGUCUCUGGGAAAGUUCAAGCUUUUUAUCCUUUUGGUUUGUGGGAGGGGGAUGGUAGUUCUGAACAAUUUCUUUUUCUUUUGGAAAGUUCUUGUUUUUUUUGGUUGAGUUUGGUUUCUUCAUACUGUCUCUGUGACUAUUGAACUUAGCUCAGUUUUUCAUUAGUGAUUUCUUUGAUCUGAGCAGAAAUUGAAUUAGUGUGAAGAUCCUUAAAAUUUGAUUCCUAAGUAAUGUAGCUUGGGAUGCAAUGCAUGGUAAUUAGAGGUUAGAUCAAGAGAAGUUGGGAAAUACUGUGAAAAGCUUGGUUUUCGGUUGAAGUAUUGCAUUGUCAUGUGUUAAGCAACAAUAUUUGUAAAACUUCUGAAUUCAGGGAUUGAGAUGCAUGUAAAUUGAUAUGGAUAAAAAUGUGAAACUUGUCAAAGGAUUGAGAAGAAAGGGCAUGAUUUCAGUACUGAUAAAGAGAAUUUGUGCUUUUGAUCAAUUCUGUCAGUUGUUUUAUUUUUGUGCAUUUGUUUAAGUCUUAUGGUGUGGCUUUGAGAACAUUUGUGGCAAAACUUGAGUUUUGGUAUCAGUGAUUAGUUUUCUUAUCUCAGACAUCUUAUGGAAAUAAUGAAAUUACUUUGGAUUAUCUUUCAUCAUGUUCAAUUAAUUGUAUGUACUUUCUUCCCACUUUAUUACUCUUCAAAACAUUAACACAUUUUGAUGGUUCAACCAGGUGACUAUUGGAAGCAAGUGAUACUAUUUGACAUUUGAAGCUCCUUAUACUUCAUUUAGCUAUGACUUGUUUUCCUUUAUUUUCCAGUAAGUCAUCUUCUUCAGCAAGAAAAGACCCAGAAAUUGAUGAAGGCAUUCAUAAUGUUAAACUCUACUCCUACAAACAAUUAAGAAAUGCCACUGAUGACUUCAGUCAAGCCAAUAAAAUUGGAGAGGGUGGUUUUGGUUCUGUCUACAAGGGACGACUUAAAGAUGGAAAAGUUGCUGCAAUAAAAGUUCUUGCAGCAGAAUCAAGACAAGGAGUGAAGGAGUUCUUGACAGAGAUUAAUGUAAUCUCAGAGAUAGAGCAUGAAAAUUUGGUCAAGUUAUAUGGUUGCAGUGUUGACAAAAAUAGCAGAAUAUUAGUCUACAAUUACCUUGAGAAUAAUAGCCUGUCACAAACUCUUCUAGGUGGAAAUCACAAUAAAAUGCACUUUGAUUGGCGAACAAGAUGCAAAAUAAGUAUUGGUAUUGCUCGUGGACUGGCCUAUCUUCAUGAAGAAGUAAGGCCGCAUAUUGUUCACAGGGAUAUAAAAGCAAGCAACAUCCUCCUUGAUAAAGAUCUUACACCCAAAAUUUCAGAUUUUGGUCUUGCAAAGCUUAUUCCAGCAAACAUGACUCAUGUUAGCACCCGAGUAGCAGGAACAAUAGGUUAUUUGGCACCCGAGUAUGCAAUAGGGGGGAAGCUAACAAGGAAAGCAGAUGUUUAUAGCUUUGGUGUCCUCCUUGUGGAGAUAGUCAGUGGAAGAUGUAACACGAACACACGAUUACCAAUAGAAGAACAAUUUCUUCUAGAGAGGACUUGGGAACUUUAUGAGAGAAAGGAAUUGGUGGGACUGGUAGAUACAUCACUGGACGGGGAAUUCGAUGCCGAGCAGGCUUGUAAGUUUAUGAAGAUUGGUCUUCUUUGCACUCAGGAAUCGCCAAAGCUUCGGCCAUCAAUGUCUUCUGUGGUGAAGAUGCUCACUGGAAAAAUAGAUGUUGAUGACAGUAAGAUAACAAAACCUGCCUUAAUUUCUGAUUUCAUGGACCUCAAAGUAAGAAGGAACGAAGAAAGUAGUAGUUAUGUGAAGAAUUCAUCUACCUACGACACAUACUCUUCUUCAGACAACCAUGACACUACUAUGUCUUCUGUCACAACUACAACUUUUGCUGCUGUAUAUGAUGAAAGCAUGUGAACAUCAACACAUGUUGAUUUCUCCUUUAGUAAUUUCCUUAGACUUGUAUCUGAUGUAAAUUUUGCAAGUUUUUUCAUACUUUUUUGAGUGAUUUUUUGUCUUGGAUGUAAUCCUACAUGACUAGGGAGUUGCUAUGUGCUGUUCUGUAAAUAUGAUGAGAGCUUGUGUUCAAUGAUAAAUUUGAAGAUUUUUUGGUUUUA